AUGCUCCUGCAGCCCGACACUAGACCCAUCUCCCAGGAGCAGUUAGUGAAUGAAGUCAAAGGCAUCUACGCGGGGCUUGUGAUGGUUGAGAAGAAAUGCGUGGAGAUAUGCCAGCAGCAAUCGCAAAGCACGGUGAAGUUGUCCAACGAGCAGUGGCAGGCACUGAUAGCUCUACAUCGCACCUUGCUUCACGAGCAUCACGAUUUUUUCCUCGCAAGCCAACACCCUACAGCGUCACCGGCCUUGCGUAGACUCCCCACUAAGUAUGCCAUGCCUGCACGCAUGUGGAGACAUGGCAUUCAUUCAUUCUUGGAGUUGCUGCGCCAUCGCCUCCCGCAUUCUCUCGAGCACAUGUUGAGCUUUGUUUACCUGGCUUACCAGAUGAUGGCUUUGCUGAUGGAAUCUGUCCCGGCCUUCCACGAGACUUGGAUUGAGUGUCUAGGGGACCUCGCCCGCUAUCGAAUGGCCAUCGAAGAAGCUGACAUGCGCGAUCGGGAGACGUGGGCAAAUGUCGCGAGGAUGUGGUACAACAGAGCUAGCGAUCGCUCCCCCGACACGGGCCGCAUCAUGCAUCACCUCGCAGUCCUGGCCCGUCCCAACAUCGUCUGCCAGCUGUUCUACUACUCCAAGGCCCUGGUCAGUGUCAACCCGUUCCCCAAUGCUCGCGACAGCAUCAUGCUUCUCUUCAAUCCCCUGCUCGAGGCAUAUGGGUUGCCAAGCGAGAAUCCCAAAAAGGAAGCCAUCACGUCCAAGUACUCCAAGUUCGAUUACUCUCUGGUCACCGCAGCGGGGACGCUGUUCACGAAGGGGCUCAUCCACGAUUACUGUGUCCACGUCUACCUGUUUGCCUCGGAGCUGGACAAUCACAUAGCCCGAUCGGGAUCUAAGUGGAAAUUGCAGGGCACUGAGGUCGCUUCGGCCUCGAUUUCAUGGAUCCUUGACUUCGGCUCCGACGAGAAUUUCUUGUGGGGCGCUUUCCGGGCACACCACGACAAGCUGAGGGGGAGCCAGCCAGAACUGCUACCUGCCAAUGUUGCCUCAAAGAUCGAUCACAUCGCCAAGGAAGACUCGCAUCGGAAAUUCUGGAUAAACAACGAAAUCAGCGCCGCGGAUUUCCGUCAAGCCACUCCAUCUGCCGGCGAUCAACCCGGCGUAAAGUUCACAUCCUCGGACCAAGUCACCUCGUACGCUAUCCCAGUCUGGGCUCACAUCGUCGCCAUAGUCGCCAGCAAAGUUGGUGACCGCAACAUCCUGCCAUUCUUACAUGUUACGUUAGCAUUCCUUUGGUCUCUUUCAUACGUUCCUGGUGGCCUCAUUUACCUCGAGAAUGACAUUCCAUGGGCGAAGCUGGUCCUCUCUUUAAAUACGUUGAGCAGGUCUGGGGUGGUGGACGCCCGCGUCGAAUCCAGCGAGUUCCCUCAGCAGCAAUCCGGCACUGGUCGGCAGUUGCCCGAAGAUUUCCUCAUCCGUGGUCUUGUGUGGGCACCGUUCUAUUUCCCCUCGGAUUUCUUCGAGGGACAAGUGGUCGACGAGGACGAACGCACUCUGGAACUACCUAGUCAUGCGGCACCACGGGCUGAACGAUGCAUCUGGUUGGGAGCUCGACUGGCAUCGUUGAACCGCUACAUCACCUAUAGUCUCACGACGAAGCAGUUCGGAUGCACCAAAUUUGCACUGUCGCUCCCGGGGCACUCCUCGAUGAAUACGUUUCACGUUCUGUCACCCGCACCUGAACGUGAUGUUUCCAUGACCGACGUCUGA